GAUAACAAUAUUUUAAAAAUACCUACAUAAAUAGGUACAAAAAAAAAUUUUUGUUAGUCGAUCGCAUUAAUAACCAAGUAAUAUUUGUUAACUAAAUAAUGAACAAAAUAUUGAUAUUUUCAUUUUUAUUUUUAUCCAACUUUCUUGUAUAUUACACACAAGAAACGGAUUGUACAAAAACCUGUGGAAUAAACGCAAAAUGUGACAUUGUUAACAAUGUACAGACGUGUGUUUGUAUUCUUUCAAUAAUGGAAGGAGAUCCUAAUGUUGAAUGUAUUAAUCCAGAACUGACACCGGUUGACUUCAGCCUUGCCACUGCCACAAGAAACGAUGUUACUUAUGAAUUCUAUACAGCCUCUUCAGGAAAAUGUGAUAUAUCAAAAUUAAAUAAACAUCACAGAACCAUCAUCAUCACUCAUGGCUACAGAGGUACAAUUACAGAAAAUUGGAUUCAAGAAGCUAAGGAAGCUUUUCUUAAACUUAACAUUUAUAAUAUUAUUUUGGUCAACUGGACACCAGCUGCUGGUCCAUUAUUGAGCGCGGCUGGUAACAACGUAAAAAGAGUUGGGAAAUAUCUUGCUCAAACCAUUUUAGGCGCUAAGCUUCGACCAGAGCUUAUACAGAUUGUUGGUUUUGCUCUCGGCAGUCACGUUGCAGGUCAUGCAGGCAAAUACAUUACAGCCAAAACUUUUAGAACCUUAGGUCGAAUCACAGCUCUGGAAUCUUCUGGUAAAAUGGAGGUUGCUGGUACUUUCCCGGAAAGCCGACUAAAUCAAACUGAUGCUUUGUUCGUGGAUGUAGUUCAUACCAAUACCAGAAGAAUUGGUUACAAGAAAACCAUUGGACAUUGCGAUUGGUACGUGAACUUCGGAAGUGUUCAACCGGGAUGUGAAGUAGAUCCCACACAAAACGAUUUUUGCAGUCACAAAAGAUCCCAAGUAUUGUAUGUAGAAUCAAUUACGAAGAAAGUUAUGAGUGAAGAAAUUUUAGUUUCAUUUGAUGAAGAUGAUAAUGCUACUUUUACUCCACUACCUCGUCCUAAGAAAAUUGUGUUUGGACAAUGGGUUAAUUUGAAUGCAAGAGGUGUAUAUCUUUUAAAAACUAGAAGUACAGAACCACUUUUAAUUUAAAAUUGUAAAUUCAUUUCAAUAAAUUGUUUACAAAUUUUUAAUUUUAAUUUUAAA